AUGGUGCAUAAAUACAAAAGAAAAACUAAUCAAGGCUCUUGUGAUAAAGAUGUCAUGCAGAUGGCUGUCAAUUUAUGCCAUGCCGGAGAAUCGGUGAAGGGCACAGCUAAAAAGUAUGGGUUGGCUUAUGCAACUUUGUACAGACACAUCAAAAGUGGCAAGGUUACUCCAAAACUCGGCAGAUUUCGUCCCAUGUUCAGUGAAUAUGAGGAGAUAGAAUUAAUGACCUAUCUCAAAGACAUGGAUUCCGUGAUUUUUGGUUUAACUCGAGAUGAGUUUAAGAAUUUAGCGUAUACCUAUCCCAAAAAAAAAAAUUAUUUGAGUUACCCAAAAAGUUGGGACAAGUAUUAA